CUCAGCCAGACUUCAACAUGGGAGGGGUGUCAGUCGUGUCGUUGGACUUUUAGAAGUUUACAUGAUGUUGUUUUGUUCUGUCUCAUUAUUUUCGUUGUUUCUUCUUCCGUACAUACAUUUGUAAACAUUUUGAAGCGGGAAGGCGUACACUUUUCCCUGUGUGCCCGCGGACAGCGAUGAUGGGACAGUUGUGCUGGAUGUAUAGUCAGUGACAGGAUGGAUAUCAGCGGGAUCCUCUCUAUUGCUGCUGUCCUUCGUUUCUCUAUCGGUGUCUACGGCGAGGCAGGACAAAGCGCUGUGUACCAGAAUACACUGCAGAGCUCAGGUCCUCUGUCCUGCUCUGAGGGCUUCACUGAGCUGGGUUAUUACAAUGGAUAUGUGUCUCAGACAGAUUCUGGCUCUUCCUGUCUAAAAUGGACUGACUUUCCAGACUACAUGCUGCAGUACCCCAACCGUGGACUGGGCGACCACAACCACUGUAGAAACCCUGACCGUGAAUCCAACCCCUGGUGCUUUUUCAGACAAAAGUCAGGAGCCAUUGGAUGGGCCUACUGCGACUGCCACCAGGGUGAGGCGCGGUUGGUGGGGGGUUCAUCUAAUAAGAGUGGUCGUCUUGAGGUGUACCUGAAUGGCCGGUGGGGAGCAGUGUGUGACACCCACCUGACUGAUCGAGAUGCCAGUGUGAUCUGUAGACAACUGAGGCUCGGUGAAAUCGGCACUGCGCUUCGGCAUUCCUAUUUCGGACCCGGAUCUGGUCUCUUUCACUUUGAACGUCUUGGUUGCCAUGGCAAUGAAGAUUCUCUUCUGAAGUGCCGGAGCAGGAAAUAUGUCUCCGGUGACUGUAACCAUGGAAAUGAGGCCGGAGUGGUGUGUGCAGUACCUGAGGGCAAUGGUGCCCCCCUGAGGCUCGUGGGAGGCCUUGAGGAUUUCGAGGGGCGCGUGGAGGUGUACCAUAACGGGAGGUGGGGUACUAUCUGUGAUGAUGAAUGGGAUGAUAUUGAUGCUGAAGUGGUUUGCCGACAGUUGGGACUGGGCGGUGUACCAAAGGCAUGGACAUGGGCGCACUUUGGGCAGGGCACUGGGCCUAUCGUGUUGGAUGGAGUGCAUUGCACAGGAAAUGAGCUGUCUUUGGAGGAAUGCCCUCAUGCGCCCUGGGGCCAGCACAACUGUGAUCACAUGGAGGAUGCUGGAGUCUCGUGCAACCCGUUUACAGAUGGAGUGUUGCGUCUAGUAGGAGCUGAUAGCCCAUGGGAAGGACGCCUUGAGGUUUAUCACGCUGGAGAAUGGGGCACAGUGUGUGAUGACAACUGGAACGGACGUCAAGCCCAGGUGGUGUGUCGACAGCUGGGUUAUCGAGGGCGAGCUGAGGUGGCUCCAGAUGGGGUGUAUGGAGAGGGUACAGGGAUGAUCCUGCUGGAUGAGGUGACUUGUGAAGGGGGAGAGAGCUCUCUGCUGGUCUGUGCUCAUGGUCAGUGGGGGCAGCAUGACUGCUCUCACAGUGAGGACGUGGGCAUACGCUGUGAAAGAGAAGGACAGAACAAUGAGAUCCCUGAAGUGGCUCCUGCCACAGGUCCCCUGGUGAGGCUGGUGGAUGGCGAGAGCCGUAAGGAGGGCCGCGUAGAGGUGUUUAUUAAUGGCCAGUGGGGCAGUGUGUGUGAUGAUGGUUGGAAUGACAUCAAUUCUGGAGUGGUCUGCAGACAGCUAGGAUUUGUCGGGGUCUCGAAGGCCCGCUCCAUGGCUUAUUUCGGUGAGGGUCAGGGACCCAUCCAUCUGGAUAAUGUGAAGUGUGUUGGGACAGAGGCUUCAUUGGGUAAGUGUUCAGCUGUAGGCCCGGACGCCCAUGAUUGCAGGCACAGUGAGGAUGCAGGAGUCAUCUGUGACUACACCACUGAACCCAUAAAGUACAGAAGCAUGAACAAGCAGGAAUGUGGUUUGAGACCCAACACACAAAGGCGCAGAAGAAGGAUCAUUGGAGGAGACAAGUCUCUACGGGGAGACUGGCCGUGGCAAGUAUCUUUGUGGCUUAGGUCUCAAUUGAAAGGCACCCAUCCACUUUGUGGGGCGACUCUCAUCAAUUCCUGUUGGGUCAUUACUGCUGCUCAUUGCUUCAAGAGGUUUGGUUCAGACCCGUCCCGUUAUGUGCUGCGGCUCGGCGACUACCACACAGAGGAGAGGGACGACUUUGAGCGCACUCUCUCUCCUGAGCGCAUCGUGAUCCACGGAAAGUACCACAGCCAGGGCUGGGAGUAUGAUAUUGCCUUACUGAAGCUGAAGGGCACAGAUGGGAAUUGUGUGGCCUUUAACCCACACACUAAUGCAGUUUGCCUUCCGCCUCAGAGCAACAGGAGGGGCAAGAGGCCUAUCGCCUGUGUUAUCACCGGAUGGGGAAUUACAGACUCUGAGUAUUCCCGAACACUGCUGCAAGCCUGGGUUCCGUUACUGCCCUCCUGGAAGUGUAAAAAACGCUACGGCAGUCGCUUCACCAGCCGCAUGUUGUGUGCCGGCAGUUUGUCGAACCAUCGCCGUGUGGACAGCUGUCAGGGUGACAGUGGGGGGCCACUAGUGUGCCAGGGUGAGGCUGGCCACUGGAUGCUCACAGGAAUCAUCUCCUGGGGUCACGGUUGUGGUGACCCCACCUAUCCCGGUGUGUACACACUGGUCGGCCGGUUCCUGAAGUGGAUAGAAAAAGUCACCCACAGCACUGGCAGAGCCUGAUGUUACAGUGGUAACAUUAAAACCAACUUACCGCAUUGUAUAAAAUAUAUGUUAUGUAAUGCCUAUGAAGGGAUCACCAGCUGGCCAUUAGGUUUAAAGCUGGUUUGAUCCUGUUUUAUGUGUUGCACAUUUUACUACUUGCACCAUGCCAUUUCAGUUCCAUUUCUGUACACUUGAAGCGUUCGUGAAUAUGCACAAGAACAUGAAGCCACUGUUUUUGAGGGACAGCUGCAUUAAGUGAGCGGAGUUUUCCGGGAUUGAAAGGUCUUCGCCUCUGUAAAUAAGUCAUUUUGCACUAAUCUGCAUGCCAUAUAAAUGGAGCAUCUGUGGGAGGUCUGUGUUCUGGUCUGGCUCUUCUGGAUCAGGUUCUUAAAUCAGUUCACAUUUUGCACUUAAACGUGUUAUUUUAUUUUUGGGUUUUUGUUUUUUCUAGUUUUGUGAUUUAAUUAAGAUAAGGAACGGCAUGCUUGUAUGUAAAGAUUCAUCAACAUUCCACUUGUAUGUUGGUUAUUUGUACUCUUGUUGUAGGUGUAUAGGGUACGACUACCAUUAUUGAGCUUUUAAUUUAAUUUGGCAGAAAACCAGUGUCAGAAAAUAGUAUGUUCAGUUUAUUUAUACAUAUAACAAUGUCCACUUUUUUUCUCAAGCUCCUACCCAACAGAUAAUGUGAUAAUAUCAGUGAUAUGAAGUAUUGGACUGUUAAUCGGCUGGAUAUUAUGGAGUCUCUAUGGGGGGGAUAUGGUGAUGGACAAAAAUGAGAGCCAAAAUUAUAUAUCAAUGCUUUAAGUUUGACUUGCAAACUGCUUAUGUUUCCCUUUGAAACUUUGCAUGUGCUUGCCAAACAUUUGUUUUUUUGCAAAGUUUUACGUUUCCUUGUGAAACAUUGCAUUUGCUUGCUGAACGUUUGUGUUUCUUGCAAAAUUCUUAUGUUCCCCAAGAAACUUUGCAUUUUGUGAGUGGACAUAAAACUGGUCAUGGAAAUACUAUGAUGGAGGGAAAACUAUAGAUUUAAUGUUUUAGCAAACGAAUGCAAAGGUUCUUGGGAGAACACAAUUUUCACUUUUUGUGAAAGAAUGCAGAAGUUUUGCAAAUUAUUGCCAAAAGCAUUGAAAUAUGUUUCAUAUUUUUUCCAUCACCGUGUUCCUAGUUAAUAGUGAGAAUUGGUCCUUAAACUAAAGUGUUUAAACUUGAACUACGCACAGUUAUUUCACACAUGGUCAGAAUCUGCUGCUGAGUGAUGUUAUGUUGCAUUUGCUUCCUGCAGUGUUCAGCCUUUUCUGUAGACAGGUGUUUAUUCAGGUUUACUGUUGUAUUUAUUUACAUAACAAGAAGACAUAGGCUUAUAAAUUCAUUGUUUCUUGCUUUGAUUAAUGAAUUGAGCUAUAACAGUGGUGCUGUUUUGUUCCAGUUGGGUGUCCCAAUCAAGAAAUACUGAAAUUAGGCAUAGACAGGAAGGAGAAGAUCACUUUAGUAAUUAGUCAAGUUUACACAAUUAGUAUUCCACGUAGUCCAAAUGGUUCAAAUGAUGUAGACGCUUUGGUUCCUAACAUUCUAUUAACAGUCUGUUAUUAAUCAAUCCCAAACAGAAACCUUGAUGUAAUUAUGGAAAAAUGCAAUGGCUGCUAAUAUGCCAUAUUUAGCUUUGGUUAAAAACUGGUUUAGCAAAACUGUGAAUAUUCAGAUGUUUAGACACCAAGAUGGAAAAUGAGAUAAACUUAUUUGAACGCAUGGCCUUGUCUCCUCAUUAUUUUUUUGUUCUGCAAAAUGGUGUUGGGAAAGCAAAAACAAGUCAAUCAGAAAUGUAGCGUAAUAUUCUGGCAUCAUGAUAUUAAUAAUGUAUU